CAGUAGAGCAGAAUAUCUAGUAUCAGAUGUGGAGAUUGCAAGGCACAAGGAAAAGACCCAGGGGAAGAUCAGAUUUCAAAAACUAGAGACAUAUUUGUUCUUUUUUGGCCACCUAUGGCUGUAUAUUUGUACUGUAAGGAGUAUAGUCAACAACAAAAAUCUUCCAGUUUUUAUUUUACAGGGCCCUGGUUCUGGCAAACAGAACUCUUAAGGGGUGGAGAGAGAAUGAGGUUCAGAAUUGCUGCUGGGUGGUGUCUGUUCGCCCCCUGCUGGGGGAGCUAAGACAUGCUCAUCUCUGAAGAAUGGAGAUCCUAGGUACCAGUUUUUCCCAGCACUGUAGGGACUGGUUUUAUUGAAUGGGGAGGACAGCAGGUGAUACCAGAGGUAGAAGCUGAUCCAUGGACCCUUGAGGUGUGGGAAUAGAUAUUUUCAGGACAUGAGGGACAACAAUAGCUGGAUAAAGGCCCAGGUGUCCUUUGUCUGGGCCACUGUUCCCACGUUCAGGAACCCGACGCUUGUGGGUGAGGACGCACUGUCCUCCAGCCAAGUUAAUAACUUCCUCCCCCAGUCAAGGAAUAUAGCUCUGCCACUGCAGCAGCUCCUGCUCAAACUGUCUAUCAAAACCACUCUGCAGCUCAGGAUCAAGGAGCAUGGUCACAGGAAGGUGGGGUUUCAGAAUGCCCCUCAGGGACUGCCCUUCUCCCCAGAAUUCCAUCAUGAAAGUCCAUAUGCUUGUAGGUGUGCUGGUCAUGGUGGGCUUCGCAGUGGGAAAAGCUCCUGGUCCUGAAGUCCGGACCUGCCACCUCUGCCUCUUAGAAGACCCUUCUACAGGGUGCAUUUCAGGCUCAGAGAAGUGUACCAUCAGCAGCACGUCACCGUGCAUGGUGAUCACCAUCUACUAUGAUACCAAGAUUCGUUUCUUCAUCCGAGGCUGUGGACAGUAUAAUUCCUACCGCUGCCAAGAAAAACGCAAUACCUACUUCCCGGAGUACUGGUACCAGGCCCAGUGCUGCCAGUAUGAUUACUGCAACUCCUGGUCCAGCCCCCAGCUCCACAGCUCCCCACUUGACCCCCCUGCUGGGACCUGGGGCCUGCCCCUCUCUGAGUCCCAGAUCCAGUGGUUCUACCGGGCCCUGAACCUCUCGCUUCCCCUCCGCAGCUUCCAUGCUGGGGGGGAGCCUGAAUGCCUGGGUAACCUGGCCACCCUGCCCCUGAAUCUGAGCUUAUCCAUUGCUGACCUGCGUCACAUAUAUUUGUCUCUCAACAGUUCGGGACUUUUGGUUCUUCCUUGGACUAAGCCCUGAUGCCUGAGCCUUGUGGAUUUCACUCCAUUACAGCAUCUCUCCCCUAACACCACAGCCCCCUGUGCUGUCCUAGAACACCUACUUUCUCUGCUCUGUGAUUUCUCUGGUCUCCAUUCCCCUGUAUUUUCAGUGUCUCUGGCUUUAGUGUCAUUUUCUUCCCAGAAACUGGGGUGCUGCACCUCCUAGAAAAUAAUGAGUUCAGAGUCUGCCCAGGCUGGCCUGGGGAAGGCACAGUGGCUUCCUGGUCCCUUUCUGGUCACCGGAGUCAGCCAUGCCCCUCAUCUUCCCAGUCCUCUGCCAAUCUGGUCACCUGCUGCCUCUGUUCAGAUCUGUUUGUAGAUCACAUUCUAUGCCUACCUUGAGACCCAGACUGAACUUGCAGUAAGAAGGGUAGACUAAUGUGCACGUUUCUUUACUAGGCACUGUGGUGUCCCUGCCUCACUGUGUCUACUCCCACCUCCCUGCCCUGGUCACCUGCUUCUCUCCUCUCGUUGCAGUCCGUGGUCUCAGCCCCACUCCGCAUCACUGAGUCCUGAAACCCGCUUCCAUAGAUGCCAGGGGAGAGGAGAGGGUCCCCCCUGCUCUGCUCCACAUCUCCUGCUUGCUCUCCACAAACUCCACAAUAAAUGGACUGGGCUAA